AUAAAUUAAAAAUGCAGUAAUCUGAUCCCAAUCAAAGCUAAAAUUGGGGAGUAACAUCUCUCGAGAUCCCAGAAACGUAAUAGUAAUAUCCUUAGCAGCAAUUCAUUCCAAAUCAAUAGCCCUAUCCUUAGCAAUAUUAAUAAUAUGGACAAUAACCCUAGUAAGUCGCUUAUGGAUAGGUAUGUUGCAUUUCAAUUAUUUAAGCCCGUAGUUACUAAUGCUUAUCCUUAGGCUGUUUAAAUUGGAACACCAUAUGUGUAGACGGUGAUUGGAAAGUACUAUUCAUAAUCAUUAGUCAUUUUAAUGCUCCUCCAUAAUACAAUGCUAAUGGUUCCCCGUUUCCAAUUUAAAUCAUAUGUCCAGCGUGUAAAACUUAAGGAAUUACAAAUGUGACAACUGAGAUAGGAGCAGGAACAUAUCUGGUUUCAUGCCUAUUAUUUCUGUGCACCGGGUAUGAGAUGAUUGCAUACUCAAUAGAAUAUUAUGCUGUUGGGUUCCUUGUGUUAUGCCUGAUUGCUAGGAUAAGAUUCAUCGAUGUUCCUCAUGCAAAACAGAGGUCGGGAUAAAAUAGUAUGAUAUGUGUUGACACUUAAUAUAAAUAAAAUUACAUAACUAAAAUUAGUUUCCAC